UGUGGGAGUGUGUGUGGUGCUGCAGUUCGGAGCACAUCACCCCCGGCUCACACACAAACACACACACACACACUCACUCAUACACACACACACACUCACUCACUCACACAGCCCGUCUCUGUCCUCCUCCGCAUGAUGGACCCUGAAAUCUGGACCUAAUGGAUUAAUAAAUACACUUCCAGAAGAUCUGGAUUGUCGUUGAUGGACGGAUAAUUUGGUUGGAGGUUUACGGGAUUCCUGAAGCAAGUUUUUCUUUGGAUAUUCUCUUCAGAAUGAGAACUCCUCUAGUUUUAUUAACAUGGCUUUGCCUGUGGGAAGAAGCAAAGGGCAUGCUGAGGACUACAGGUGGACUAAGCGGAGAAACAUGGAGCCAGAUGAGAGCUGAUGGAGGGCCAGUAACUCUGAGACGCUCCAAACGAGGGUGGAUGUGGAAUCAGUUCUUCCUGUUAGAGGAAUAUACAGGAAAUGAUGAUCAGUAUGUCGGAAAGCUGCACUCGGAUAAAGACAGAGAGGACGGGAAAGUGAAGUACGUCCUCACUGGGGAAGGAGCCGGAACCAUUUUUGUCAUCAAUGAGAACUCGGGUGAUCUCCAUGCCACCAGGAGGCUGGACCGCGAGGAGAAAGCGUCAUACACACUGAGCGCAAAGGCCGUCGAUAAAGCGACAGGUCGAGACCUUGAAGGUCCGUCGACGUUCACCAUUAAAAUCCACGACAUUAACGAUAACGAGCCCAAGUUCACCAGAGACCCCUACAUCGCGGCCGUACAGGAAAUGGCCGACGUUGGUACCUUCGUUGUCCAGGUAACGGCGACAGAUGCUGAUGAUGCUAUGUAUGGAAACAGUGCUAAAGUUGUGUACAGCAUUCUGCAGGGUCAGCCAUACUUCUCUAUAGACCCAGAGACAGGGAUCAUCAGGACGGCUCUGCCUAACAUGAAGCGUGAAAACCGUGAACAUUACCAAGUGGUCAUUCAGGCUAAAGACAUGAUGGGACAGCUGGGUGGUUUGACUGGGACCACCAGUGUCAAUAUCACACUGCUCGAUGUCAACAACAACCCACCCCGAUUCACACAUGGUGUGUACCAUUUCAGUGUUCCUGAGUUAGCCGAGGUGGGGAGUGAAUUGGGCGUGGUUAAAGCUACAGAUGCCGACACAGGCAAGAACGCUGAGAUGAACUACAGAAUCACAGAUGAACAGGACACAUUUCAAAUCACCACCAACCCCGCAACCCAGGAGGGAGUACUCAUUCUGAAGAAGCCCCUGGACUAUGAGAGGAGAGCGUCGUAUACGCUCAGGCUGCAGGUGGAAAACGUGUACCUGGACCCACGGUUUCAGAUGUCUGGGGACUCUGCCACGGUGAAGGUCUCUGUGGAGGACGUUAACGAGCCACCGGUCUUCAAGCGUCCUGUCUACAUGAUGGAGGUCAAAGAAGACGCUCAGAUUGGAACAAUUAUCGGAGCUGUUAGUGCUGUGGACCCAGACACUAACCGUAAACCUGUCAGGUACAUGAUUGACUGGCACACCGAUAUGGAUCACGUGUUUAACAUCCAUCCCAAUAACGGCUCGCUCUUUAUCUCACGCUCUCUCGACAGAGAGGAAAAAGCCUGGCACAAUAUAUCAGUGCAGGCUGCUGAAUACAAUGGUCUGAUCGGUCAUGUGCCCGUCUACAUCAAAGUUCUGGAUGUAAACGAUAACGCGCCGACCUUCGACGUGGAGUACGAAGCUUUCAUCUGUGAAGACGCCAAAGUGGGCCAGACGAUCCAAACGGUGAGCGCGUCAGACGCCGACCAGCCAGUCAGAGGCCAUCGUUUUUUUUUCCGUUUAGCCUCGGAGUCUUUUGAAAAAUCCAACUUCUCCGUUCGAGACAACAAAGAUAACACGGCGACGAUCCUGACUCAGCGGAAUGGCUACAGUCGCAUGGAGAGAAGUUUCUAUCUGGUUCCUGUGGUGAUCACAGAUGGAGAAAUCCCUGCGCAGAGCAGCACCAAUACACUAACGAUAAGCGUGUGCUCGUGCGACCGAGACGGAAACAGGAGGAAAUGUGAGCCAGAGGCGUUUGCACUUAAUGCGGGACUUAGCACAGGAGCGCUAGUCGCAAUUCUUGUCUGUAUCGUCAUUUUGCUAAUGAUCGUCGUCUUGUUCACGGCUCUGAAGAGGCAGCAAGAGAAGCUGGACCCUCUGAUCGUCUCCAAAGAAGACGUGAGGGACAAUGUCGUAAGCUACGACGACGAAGGCGGUGGCGAAGAAGACACGCAAGCGUUUGACAUCGGAACGCUACGAAAAGUAGAGUCGCUCGACGACACCAAGCAACGCAGAGAUGUCAUACCUGAGAUUCUACGGCGCUCGGCACCGAAAAUCUACAACAAGUCCGAACCGGACAUCCGGGACUUCAUCUCUCAGAGGCUAACCGAGAACGAUUCGGAUCCAGUAGCACCACCGUAUGAUUCAUUGGCCACGUACGCGUACGAGGGAAACGGUUCGACUGCUGAGAGUCUCAGCUCACUGGAAUCAGUCAGCAGCGACGCGUGGAGUGAUUACGAGGUCCUGUAUGAGCUGGGGCCCAGAUUUAAGAGACUGGCAGAAAUGUACGGAGGAGAGGACAGCGACAGAGAAUCGUAACGAAGCAGGAAAGUGGUGCGUGGGUUGAACAAUCAGUUUUGUCAAAACAAGGCCAGGAUUUAAAGAAACUGGCAGAAAUCUACAGGAAAGGCUUGCGGUAAAGCAGGACAAUACGGAGUUUACUCAGAACGACUGCUGGAGGCAAAUCUGGUGUCUUUAUAAAGGCUUUUAAGAAAUGGAUGGAUUUCUUUUGCAAUAUAUUCUCUAAGACAAAUAAAAUGCUAACAAUAUAACGUACUGUUGCAGGAAGUUGUACAUGCUUCCUGGAUGAGUCUGCAGCAGAAAUGUACAGAAAAGAAAACAAACUCCAGUCAGGAAUAAAGGACACAGAUACAGAGACUGCACGAGACUCGGAUGGUGUAAAGAUUUGAUCGGAUUUUAACCUCGGAGUCUUUUACAACACAACAACAACAAAAAGAACGUUCAGAUGUAACUGCAAUUGAUUCCCAAUAAAAGUAUCUAUUACUAAUGACAUGGUGAACAUCACUAUUAGAUUUAUCAAGAAAAAAAAGGUGUGGAUCAAAAUUCAUAGGUCCAUAGAAAGCAGGUCCAUAGAUGCUUUAGAACUGAGGGAAAGAGAAAGCUGGAGUGAGGGUUAAUGAGACCAGGAAGCUAUGACCAAAUAAGGAAACUGAGAAACCACACACCCCCAUCAACAGGAAACUAUGACCAAAUACGCAACACAUGAGAUGGGUUAACCUGCCAGAUCAGUCAGUGAGUCAAUGAGUCAGUACAUCAGUCAGUCUGUCAUUAAGAGAUGUGGUGUGUCAGAGUCAGCGAGUCAGUUUGCUUGCAGUGUUUGAGUCCUGUGAGUCAGUCACUGAGGAGUCAGUCGGUGAUUCAGUCAGUAAUCAAAUUAGUCAAAGUAAAGUGAAGCAGUCAGUAAGUUCAUGAGUGAUGGAUCAUCUAUUAGUGUAUUAUUCGGAGAGUCAACCUGUCAGUGAUUCCUAGAUAAUGAGUCAGUUAAUACAUCAGUCAUUGAAUCAGUUAAUAAAGCAGUCACUGAAUCGGUCAGUUAAUGAGUCAUUCUGUCAGUAAGUCAUUUAGUCAGUGUGACAGUAAGCAAGUAAAUCAUUCUGUAGUCAGAGAGUCACUGAGUCAGUCUGUUAAUCAGUGACUCACUCAGUUAAUGAGUCAGUCACUGUGUCAGCUAUUGAAUUUUUUUGUGUGUGUCAGUCAGCAAGUAAGUCAGACUGUAUUCAGAGAGUCAAUUAGUGAGUCAAUGAGUCAAUCAUGAAUCAGUCAGUCAGUGACAUUUAAGGCGCAGAGUCACAGCAGUGUCAGUGACCCGUGUUACUCCCUGCACACUCAGUGUGGGGUCUGGACCUGCUGUGGGGUAUUUGGUAAGGACCACUGCAAGUUUGAUCAGAACCUCAAACUUAAAUCUAUUGAAAUGCAGAUAAACGUAGAUGUAACAUUCAACAAUCACUAUCUAUCUUACUGUAUUGUACACUAUCAUAUUUUGUAUCAAAUAUUUAUACAACAUUAAA